AUGAAGGUGCUGAUCCUCGAGGAGAACGAAGACGACGCCAAGAAGGGCAUCGCCACCUCUCAGAACGGCGAGGCGCAGCCCAGCGCAGAGAAUUCCUCGGACGGCCCGAGCGUCGACAUGGCGACAUCUGGAACAACGACCGCGACGACCACCACGAUCGAGGCCGCCGCUGCGACAUCGACGGAGCCGGGCGACGACGACCACCAAAGCGGAGAGUCCGCGGACGUGCGCACCGAAGCGGACGAGGUGGCCGUCGCUGAGGCGGUCGACGAUGGUAACGACCAGGACAAAACGGAGGAGACCAAGGAGGGCGACAAGCCACAGAAGAAGGAGAUGACGCCGAAGACCGCGCGCCGGACGCCGCCCAUUUUGGCCAACGCCGGGUGGAAUCCGCCGGCGGUGGACGACGAGGCCAAGCCGCGCAAGGUGGUCGUCGACGCGCCCACCACCGUGCAGCAGCGCAUCUUCUCCUUCGACUCGCCCACCGCCCUCCCCUCUAGUCUGUUGGCGCGUCUGGUGGUGCGGUUCCUGGAGGUGGGCUGCAAGCUGCCGCUGGUGUGGCGGCAGGGCAUGCUGGUGAUCAAGGACGACUGCCUGGCGCUGAUCGAGGGCAACUGCCCCGGGCAGGACCAGGUCACCAUCUCCGUCUACGGCAAGCAGCAGACGGCCAAGUUCAUCGCCCUGCUCGAUCGGACACCCCGGAUGGGUCAGGCCAUCCACUCGAUCAGCUACAUCGCCACCACCCAGCCCUUCGUGUCGCAGGAGGUGUUCAUCGGCGUCUUCGCUGGCCCCUACUCGCUCCCCACCAACAAUUUCAUCAUCGCGGCCUGGUACCCCGACUUUUAA